AUCCAGACAUUCUUUAGCAUCGCUCGACAUUGCGACGAGCUUUACACUCGUUUCACACAUUCGUUUUCGGAUAGUGAGGACCACUGCAUCAAGAUGCGGUUCCUGAACAACAACCUCGCCGGGCUGGCGACCGCAACGCUCCUCGCCAGCACCGCAGUCAACGCAGCGACCCCUGCGACCAACAACAACAUUAAUAACAACAAUACCGGCACUGCCACCGAUGCCCCAAAGCGCUUCAUUGUCGAGCUCAAGACCCUCGGCUGCGGCAAGCGUGUCAAGGCCCGCGUCGCCGCGGCCCCGGGCAUGCGCGUGGCCAAGACCUUUGACCACGACCUCUUCCCAGCGCUGACGGUCGAGUGCGACGCCUGCGAUGCCGACUCUCUAUCGCGCGUGCUCGACGGUGGCGAGCAGACCGGCUCGGCCCCCGUCGCCGCCGUGUACACGCCGAGCAUCAUGACGCUGCGCCUGCCCGAGCAAGGGCCCAGCUUCGCCGACGACUCGGCGGCGGCCAACUACACGUUCCACGGCCUCACGGGCGUCGCGGAGCUGCACGAGCAGGGCAUCCUGGGCGCCGGCGCGAUGGUGGCGAUUGUGGACAGCGGCGUCGAGUGGACGCACGAGGCGCUCGGAGGCGGCUUCGGGUCGCCGUCUGACAAGGUCAUUGGCGGCUACGACCUCGUCGGCGACGGCGACUGGCCCAACUCGCCGGCCAAGCCCGACGACGAGCCCAACGACCAGUUUGGCCACGGCACGCACGUCGCCGGCAUCGUCGCCGGCCGCAGCGCGCAGUUUGUCGGCGUCGCUCCCGAGGCAAAGAUCCUCGCGUACAAGAUCAUCGGCGCGUACGGGCAGAGCAACGAGGAGAUGGUCAUCGAGGGCUUCCUGAGGGCCUUUGACUCGGGCGCCGACAUCAUCACGGCGUCGGUCGGCGAGAAGGGCGGCUUCACCCACAGCGCGUGGGCCAAGCUGGCGUCGAGGAUGGUCGACCGCGGUGUUCUUGUCACCGUCGCCGGCGGCAACGACGGCGAGGACGGGGCGUUCCUCAUGUCCAAUGGCGCUGCUGGUGAGAACGUCCUGACUGUCGCCGCCACGGCCCCGGACAUGGUACCUGCGUACCCCUUUACCAUCUCCUUCAAGUCGGGCAGCAACACCACGGCCGCACAGAACAGCGAGGCCGCAUACCUGCCCGCCAGCGGCCGCCAGGGCCCCGACUUCUUUCCGGACACCAUUGCCGGCUGGCCCAUCGUGCCCCUGACUCUCGACCCGGCCGUGGCCGCCGACGCGUGCCAGCCUGUCGCGACCGCCCCGGCGGGACUGACCCCUGAGUCGAUCCUCCUCGUCCGCAACGGCGGCUGCCCGUUCUACACCAAGCAGGCCAACCUCGCCUCGCUCAACGCGCCGUACAUCCUCUUCUACCAGGACAAUGCGACCCCGUACGUGCCACCCACCAACCGCGCGCCGACCAAGGUCGCCGUCAUCGACGCCGCCGCGGGCGAGGCCAUUGUCAAGGUCCUCAUGGCCGGCAACCAGAGCAGCGUGACGGCGAGCUUCGACAAGGAGACGACGCGGUUCGUCGGGCUCCGCGACGCCAACGGCGCCGGCAGACCGGCCGCCUUCACCCAGUGGGGUCCCAACUACGACAUGCAGAUGAAGCCCGACGUCGCCGCCCCCGGAGUUAAGGUGCUCAGCAGCUACACGGGCGGCGGCUACCGGGUGCUCAGCGGCACCAGCAUGGCCACCCCUUACGUCGCAGGCGUCGCCGCGCUCUGGGUCGGUAAGUACGGCGGGCGCAAGAGCGGCAACCCGGACUGGGCCAAGCAGCUGUCAGCGCGCAUCAUGUCGACAGCCCGUUCUGCCCCCUGGGUCGACGGGCUCAACGGGUCCGUCAGCGCCGACUUCCUCGCUCCUCCCGUGCAGAUAGGCGCGGGCGGCCUUCACGCGGGUCGCAUCUUCGCCGCCACGACCGAGCUCGCCUUCGAGUCGCGCAAGUUUGCCCUCAACGACACGGCGCACUUCAACGCUGAGCAGGUCGCGCAGCUGACCAACACCGGACCAGAGCCAGUCACGUACGAGUUCAGUCUCGAGCCCGCCGCGGGCUUCAACUCAUGGACGCCAGGUAUCGAGGGCCAGCCCGGCUUCGGUAGGGAGUCGUUCAAGGGGUACUUUGACUUUAAGCCGCUUCGCAUCGUCCCGGAGGUCGCCAUGCCGCCUUCCCUGACCCUCGCCCCCGGCCAGACUGGCUUUGCCAACUUCACCUUCUCCGUCCCGACGGGCGUCGACGCCGCCAGCAUCCCGCUCUACGGCGGCCGCGUCAUCAUAAAGGCCAGCAACGACAAGACCGGCCAGCACACCCUCGCGAUCCCCUACGCCGGCGCGGCCGCCGACAUCAAGGCCGUCGUCCCGGGCGUCUUUGCCCGGCCCCAGGGCACGCCCAAGAUCCUCACCUCGGGCAGCGGCGUGCCCGUCGAGCAGAAGAGCAACUACACCUUUGACCUCGCGCGCGACGUCCAGGACUUCCCCGUGCUCGUCGUAUCGACGAGCUACGGCACCGCCGAGGUGCGCUGGGACAUCUACGAGGCCGGUGCCGAAGGCUCAACCGAGACAGCCGCCGAUGUGGACGCCAAGCAGUGGGAGUACCCCCCCGUCCCCGGGCGCAACGGGUACGUCGGCUCGGUCGCGGCGUGGACCUUCUCUGGCAAGGCGUCGUACUUUGACCCGGCCCGGGACAACGAGUCCGACGUCUUCGCAUUUCCCAGGUAUAACCUCCCGCGCGACAUUUUUAAGCAGUACAUGUGGCUCGGGCGGCUCGCGACGACCAGCGGGUCCGCGGGCGGCGAGAGCAACGGUAACGACGACGGGUUCCCUGACAGCGCGAACCAGACGGGCAAGAUCCAACCCGGGCGGUACCGGAUGCGCGUCGCAGCGCUGCGGCCGUUUGGAGAGCCCAGCGUCGCUGCGGACUGGGACGUGUGGAGCGCGCCGGUGCUGACGGUUCUGCCUCUGGUCCCCGCUGCUGGUAACUCGACGGGUGUGAUUAGUGCUGCCAAGAGGGCGCUGCGGCCGAGGUUGUAGAUGGUUGAGAAGUAUCCCGGCUGCGCGAGUUUGGACCCCCGGAAUCAGGGACACGGGACAGCCAUCAGGGAUGUGGUGUGACAUCGUCCAGCCACAUGAUGUCUGUCUGACAUGCAGAUUGUAAAUAAGAAUGAAGAUGUACAUUGCAACAUG